AUGGUAUAUGGUCACACGGUGAGAGGACCAUUGGAGGUGAUCAAUGACCAAUGGUCAGACAAAGAGAACUACACGGAUGCGUUGGACUGGUUAUCUACGCACAAAGGCAAGUUGUUUGCUGCAUGGGAACUAGCCAAAGAGAACCUCCUACCUUCUCAGACAGAAAGAAGAAGCAGCUGUUGGUACACAAACAUGGUGAAGCUGUACCGAGUUCGGGACAUUCGCCCAGUGACGAUGGUAGUCUCAGGGGACCAAUACCAAGAAGUGAUGGAGGAUGUUGGCUCCAGCAGUGUGCCCUCAUUACCCUCCUCACAGGCUCCAGCAGUGUGCCCUCAUUACUCUCCUCACAGGCUCCAGCAGUGUGCCCUCAUUACCCUCCUCACAGGCUCCAGCAGUGUGCCCUCAUUACUCUCCUCACAGGCUCCAGCAGGGUGCCCUCAUUACUCUCCUCACAGGCUCCAGCAGUGUGCCCUCAUUACUCUCCUCACAGGCUCCAGCAGUGUACCUCAUUACUCUCCUCACAGGCUCCAGCAGUGUGUCCUCAUUACCCUCCUCACAGGCUCCAGCAGUGUGCCCUCAUUACUCUCCUCACAGGCUCCAGCAGUGUGCCCUCAUUACUCUCCUCACAGGCUCCAGCAGUGUGCCCUCAUUACCCUCCUCACAGGCUCCAGCAGUGUGCCCUCAUUACUCUCCUCACAGGCUCCAGCAGUGUACCCUCAUUACUCUCCUCACAGGCUCCAGCAGUGUGCCCUCAUUACUCUCCUCACAGGCUCCAGCAGUGUGCCUCAUUACCCUCCUCACAGGCUCCAGCAGUGUACCUCAUUACUCUCCUCACAGGCUCCAGCAGUGUGCCCUCAUUACCCUCCUCACAGGCUCCAGCAGUGUGCCCUCAUUACUCUCCUCACAGGCUCCAGCAGUGUACCUCAUUACUCUCCUCACAGGCUCCAGCAGUGUGCCCUCAUUACCCUCCUCACAGGCUCCAGCAGUGUGCCUCAUUACCCUCCUCACAGACUCCAGCAGUGUGCCCUCAUUACCCUCCUCACAGGCUCCAGCAGUGUGCCCUCAUUACUCUCCUCACAGGCUCCAGCAGUGUGCCCUCAUUACCCUCCUCACAGGCUCCAGCAGUGUGCCCUCAUUACUCUCCUCACAGGCUCCAGCAGUGUGCCCUCAUUACACUCCUCACAGGCUCCAGCAGUGUGCCCUCAUUACCCUCCUCACAGGCUCCAGCAGUGUGCCCUCAUUACCCUCCUCACAGGCUCCAGCAGUGUGCCCUCAUUACUCUCCUCACAGGCUCCAGCAGUGUGCCCUCAUUACUCUCCUCACAGGCUCCAGCAGUGUGACCUCAUUACUCUCCUCACAGGCUCCAGCAGUGUGCCCUCAUUACCCUCCUCACAGGCUCCAGCAGUGUGCCCUCAUUACUCUCCUCACAGGCUCCAGCAAUGUACCUCAUUACCCUCCUCACAGGCUCCAGCAGUGUGCCCUCAUUACCCUCCUCACAGGCUCCAGCAGUGUGCCCUCAUUACUCUCCUCACAGGCUCCAGCAGUGUGCCCUCAUUACCCUCCUCACAGGCUCCAGCAGUGUGCCCUCAUUACUCUCCUCACAGGCUCCAGCAGUGUACCUCAUUACCCUCCUCACAGGCUCCAGCAGUGUGCCCUCAUUACCCUCCUCACAGGCUCCAGCAGUGUGCCCUCAUUACCCUCCUCACAGGCUCCAGCAGUGUGCCCUCAUUACUCUCCUCACAGGCUCCAGCAGUGUACCUCAUUACCCUCCUCACAGGCUCCAGCAGUGUGCCCUCAUUACCCUCCUCACAGGCUCCAGCAGUGUGCCCUCAUUACUCUCCUCACAGGCUCCAGCAGUGUGCCCUCAUUACCCUCCUCACAGGCUCCAGCAGUGUGCCCUCAUUACUCUCCUCACAGGCUCCAGCAGUGUGCCCUCAUUACUCUCCUCACAGGCUCCAGCAGUGUGCCCUCAUUACUCUCCUCACAGGCUCCAGCAGUGUGCCCUCAUUACUCUCCUCACAGGCUCCAGCAGUGUGCCCUCAUUACUCUCCUCACAGGCUCCAGCAGUGUGCCCUCAUUACCCUCCUCACAGGCUCCAGCAGUGUGCCCUCAUUACUCUCCUCACAGGCUCCAGCAGUGUACCUCAUUACCCUCCUCACAGGCUCCAGCAGUGUGCCCUCAUUACCCUCCUCACAGGCUCCAGCAGUGUGCCCUCAUUACUCUCCUCACAGGCUCCAGCAGUGUGCCCUCAUUAUCCUCCUCACAGGCUCCAGCAGUGUGCCCUCAUUACUCUCCUCACAGGCUCCAGCAGUGUGCCCUCAUUACUCUCCUCACAGGCUCCAGCAGUGUGCCCUCAUUACUCUCCUCACAGGCUCCAGCAGUGUACCUCAUUACCCUCCUCACAGGCUCCAGCAGUGUGCCCUCAUUACUCUCCUCACAGGCUCCAGCAGUGUACCUCAUUACCCUCCUCACAGGCCCUUCUUCACCUCCAGUAGUUUUUGUGUGUCGGAACAAAGUCACGAACUCCAGAAGGUAGUGAAAAUUAGUUUAAUGACUUAA